GAGUGGGGUGUGGAGUGAGAGCCACCCAAUCCCGUAGGGACAGGUUUCACAACUUCCUGGACUGGGCUGUGGUGGGUCACAGUGCAGCCUCCAGCCAGCAGGAUGGGGUGGCUCCCACUCCUGCUGCUUCUGACGCAAUGCCCGGGGGCCCCUGGGCAGCGCUCGCCCCUGAAUGACUUCCAGGUGCUCCGGGGCACAGAGCUGCAGCACCUGCGACACGCAGUGGUGCCCGGGACUUGGCAGGAGGAUGUGGCCGAUGCCGAGGAGUGUGCCAGGCGCUGUGGGCCCCUGCUGGACUGCCGGGCCUUCCACUACAAUGUGAGCAGCCGUGGGUGCCAGCUGCUGCCCUGGACCCAGCACUCGCCCCACACUCAGCUGCAGCGUUCAGGGCGCUGUGACCUCUUCCAGAAGAAAGACUAUGUUCGGACCUGCAUCAUGGACAAUGGGGCCGGGUACCGAGGCACCGUGGCCAUGACUGUGGGUGGCCUGCCCUGCCAAGCCUGGAGCCACAAGUUCCCCAAUGACCACAAGUACACGCCCACACUCCAAAAUGGCCUGGAGGAAAACUUCUGCCGCAACCCGGACAGGGACCCCGGAGGUCCCUGGUGCUACACGACAGACCCCACUGAGCGUUUCCAGAGCUGCGGCAUCAAGUCCUGCCGGGAGGCCGCUUGUGUUCGGUGCAAUGGCGAGGAUUACCGCGGCGCAGUGGACCGCACUGAGUCGGGACGCGAGUGCCAGCGCUGGGACUUGCAGCACCCGCACCCGCACCCCUUCCAGCCCAGCAAGUUCCUCGACCAAGGCCUGGACGACAACUACUGCCGGAACCCCGAUGGCUCCGAGCGGCCCUGGUGCUACACCACGGACCCUCAGCAUGAGCGAGAAUUCUGCGACCUCCCCCGCUGCGGGUCCGAGACACGGCCGCGCCACGAGGCCACGACUCUGAACUGCUUCCGCGGGAAGGGCGAGGGCUACCGGGGCACAGCCAAUACCACCGCCGCGGGGGUGCCCUGCCAGCGCUGGGACGCGCAGAGCCCGCAUCAGCACCGCUUCGCCCCCGAGAAAUACGCGUGCAAGGACCUCCGGGAGAACUUCUGCCGCAACCCCGACGGCUCCGAGGCGCCCUGGUGCUUCACAUCGCGGCCCGGCAUGCGCGUGGCGUUCUGCUACCAGAUCCGGCGCUGCGCCGACGACGUGCGGCCCGAGGACUGCUACCACGGCGUCGGAGAGCGGUACCGCGGCUCCGUCAGCAAGACCCGUAAGGGCAUCCCGUGCCAGCGCUGGGACGCGGAGACACCGCACAAGCCGCAGUUCACGCCCACCUCGGCCCCACAGGCGCAUCUGGAGGAGAACUUCUGCCGGAACCCAGACGGGGACAGUCACGGCCCCUGGUGCUACACCAUGGACCCCGGGACGCCAUUCGACUACUGCACGCUGCAGCGUUGCGGUGAUGACCGUCCGUCCUCCAUCUUGGACCCUCCAGACCAGGUGCUGUUUGAGAAGUGCGGCAAGAGGGUGGAUCGGCCUGACCUAAAGCGCUCCAAACUGCGGAUGGUGGGGGGCCAGCCUGGAAACUCCCCCUGGACGGUCAGCUUGCGCAACAGGCAGGGCCAGCACUUCUGCGGGGGGUCCCUGGUGAAGGAGCAGUGGGUGCUGACUGCACGGCAGUGCUUCUCCUCCUGCCACGUGCCUCUCCUGGGCUAUGAAGUGUGGCUGGGCACCUUGUUCCAGAACCCACAGCCGGGGGAGCCAGGCCUGCAGCGGGUUGCAGUGGCCAAGAUGGUGUGCGGGCCCUCGGGCUCCCAGCUGGUCCUACUCAAGCUGGAGAGACCUGUGACCCUGAACCAGCGCGUAGCCCUAAUCUGCCUGCCCCCUGAGCGGUAUGUGGUGCCCCCAGGGACCAAAUGCGAGAUCGCAGGCUGGGGUGAGACCAGAGGGACAGGUAACGACACAGUCCUAAAGGUUGCGUCACUGAACGUGAUCUCCAACCAAGAGUGUAACAUCAAGCACCGGGGGCGCGUGAAGGAGAGCGAGAUGUGUACCGGAGGGCUGCUGGGGUCGGUGGGGGCCUGCGAGGGUGACUACGGGGGCCCGCUCGCCUGCUUCACCCACAACUGCUGGGUGCUGGAGGGAAUUAUAAUCCCCAACCGAGUGUGCGCACGGCCUGGCUGGCCGGCCAUCUUCAUGCGUGUCUCAGUAUUUACGGACUGGAUUCACAAGGUCGUGCGGCUGGGCUAGGGCUGGCCUCCGCCCUGUGUGCCUUUGGGAGGACAAUUCUUCCUGUUACACAUAAAGCUGCCUUUGCUUUUCCUG